AUGUCGAAAAUCGAGAUUCUCUCCGAUGAUGAAGGAAAACCGAGUGAAUCUGAUGACAUCGAAAUGAAAUAUGAUCGGGUUGAACUCGAAGUGCUAUCAAUGGAACCAAAUGAGAAAUUCUGUCGUGUUUGUGCAGCUCCAUCGGCCAGUCUCCAUUAUGGAGCGCUCACUUGUGGCGGUUGUAAGAUCUUCUUCCUCCGCGCUGUCAUCUCAUCGUCGGCUUUUCUUUGCGAAAAGACGAACAAUUGCCGGAAUUUGACUCGAUGUCGUUUUUGUCGCUUUCAACGCUGUAUCGCGGCUGGGAUGAAACCAGCAAUGGUUGGGAAGAAAGAGGGAGCGAUGAAACGCCCUACACGAGUCACCGAUCUCCCAUUGGCGCUCGUCGGCACCUCAGCCGUGCCUCAACUUCACUGUCAUCUGAUUCCAUCCGGGAGUGAGACUUUUGUUGAAAUGAUGAAAAGAAAGGAAAAUUCAAAAGGAGACGUCAGAGUGCUUGUUGAAUUAGAGAGAUUUUGUGACAAUAAUCAUGGAAAAGAUUUCCCGGACAAUGAUUUCCAUUAUGAUAUCGAUGUUCCCCUAAAAGAGGGAUUUCAAGAACCCUGGAGAAUUUGCGAGAGAACACCGAUGAAAUAUGACUCCGGGAGAAAGCGCUCCUUGUCUCUCGACUCAAGCGAUCAAUUGAGAAGUUCUUAUUGUCGAUCGAGUCUCCAUUUCCUUGACUGGUCUCGUGGCACUCCAGAGGUCUGGGAUCUCGCUGAAAGGGAUCGAAUCUUUCAACUUUGUUCGACAAGCACAAGCAUAGUCCUCUUCUCAGCCGCCUACAAUUCCUAUCGUUAUGGAGUUGAUGGAUUGGCAUUCGGUCAUCAAAUGAGAUUACCCAAAAAUGGGCACGAUCCGGCGAUGAGCGAUUGUCGUUAUCGUUCAUUCAACAUAAUGCUCGUCGAUUAUGUGCAACGAUUUUUGAUGAGUGUUUUUGAGGAGACGAGGAUUACCGUCGAGGAAUUUGUGCUUUUAAAGAAGAUUCUAUUCUUCACUUCUCCUCCAUGCCUCUCGGAUUUGGGAAAUUCGAUUGUUCGACAAGCGAAGAGGAAAUAUGAGUGUAUGCUGGUAAAGCAUCUAUCCGAUAAAUAUAAAGAAGAAAACGAGUAUUUUCUGAUGAAACGACUAUCGCAAUUGAUGGGAUUGAUUCCACACUGUAUGAAAAUCGGUCAUCUGGGUGAUACGCUGUUCGCAAAAAUGGUCAUCUACAAUGUGAAAAAUAUUCGUGGACGGCUAUCGAUUGAUAUGCAUGUGAAGAGUAUU